AAGAUAUGGUGCGGUAUGUGUUUAGUUAUUACUACUGCUGGAGGAUUCAUCAAUCAGAGAGUCUUGUUCAGACAUAAAGAAAUGGGCCCCUAAAUUUAGACAUAAUUGGAGACCUCAACGGCUCAACCGCGCACUUACCCAUCUUGUUUGAGGCUGUAAUGAGCACCUCAGAGUCGGCACAAGACGUCCUCUCAACCCUCAGCCUAAUUAAUACUUUUAACUAUCAAAAUAUUUUGUUUAAAUCCUCUUGUAAUAUUCCCUGAAGAAUCAGAUAGUAAUUCUUCUGAGAAGUUUGAUGAAAUGGAGCUGCUCUUUUCCCUGCUUUUUGCUCUCUUGCUGUCAGGAACCUCUUCAAUUCGAGUAAAUAAAGACGUCGAAUUUGAUCACUUUAAGCAUCCUGCUGUGCACCUGCCUUUGUAUCAUGUCCGGGAGCAAAGGCCUGACUCACCCCAGAGCUUGGAUACUCCCGUGUCCUUCUUGGAGGCACUUCAUCUGGAUGAUGCUCGUGUUAAGUUUCUUAAUUCCAGACUCACCAAGAUAAACUUGACAUCAUCAUCAGGGGCGAUCAAAUCAGGUCGCUUGAUCGAUGGAAUGUCAGUUAGCGUGCCCCUGAAUCCCGGUGGGUCACUUGGUGUUGCAAAUUACUACACCAGAAUAGGCCUUGGAACUCCACCCACUUACCAUCUCGUGGUUGUUGACACCGGCAGCUCCUUCUCCUGGAUUCAGUGUGAGCCCUGUGCCGUCUAUUGCCAUCCACAAGUCGGCUCCCAUUUUGACCCCGCUGCUUCUCAUACAUAUCAACGUCUAUCAUGUGAUACGAGCCAGUGCUCUUCCCUCAAGGGCGCCACUCUCAACAAUCCUAUGUGCACAUCUUCAAACACAUGCCUAUACGCUGCGACAUAUGGUGAUCAAUCCGUCUCCAUUGGAUACUUGAGCAAAGACUCACUAACCUUCGGCACAGAGUCACUUCCUGGUUUUGUGUUCGGAUGCGGACAGGACAAUGAUGGCCUAUUCGGGAAAUCAGCAGGAUUGGUUGGCCUGGCGAAAAACGAGCUCUCCAUGCUAUCCCAGUUGUCCACUAAGUACGGGAAAGUCUUCUCUUACUGCCUCCCCACAGCCACACCCUUGGGAGAAGCCGGAAGUGGAGGUUUUCUAUCCAUUGGGACUAGUUCAAAUUCUGGCUACAAGUUCACGCCAAUGGUAUCUGAUCCUCGUGAUCCAACAUUGUAUUUUCUAAAGCUGUCAGGAGUAUCAGUGUCCGGGAAGCCGUUAGGCCUGGCUGCAACUGAUUACAAUGUUCCCACGAUCAUAGACUCGGGCACCACCAUAUCACGCUUGGCUGGACCGGUGUAUUCAGCCCUUAGAGAGGAGCUGGUUAAGAUCAUAACCUCAAAAUAUAAGAUGGCUGAAGCCUUUUCACUUCUUGAUGCCUGUUUUAUAGGCAGUUUCAACGAGAUAUCCAGCGUUGUGCCUUCAGUUGAAAUGAUAUUCCAAGGAGGAGCUGAAAUCAAUCUGCGGCCACGAAAUGUAGUCAUAGAAGUGGAGAAGGGGACUACGUGCUUGUCCUUUGCAGGCAACUCCAAUCUUCGUGAUAUCGCCAUCAUAGGAAACCAGCAACAGCAGACCUUUGAGAUUGUCUACGAUUUAGCCAGUUCAAGAAUCGGGUUCGCGGCUGGCGGAUGUCGCUAGUUAGACAGUUGGAAAGCAGUGGCUGAGUGAACCUCUGCCGACUACUACUAUACGAACGCGGUUUGUUGUGUCAUGUGUGCAUAAUUGCUGUGUGAAAGUGUAGAUUUAUAGCAGUAAUUCAGAUAUUUCAACGCGAAUGUGUAUGUGAAAACCACUGUUUAUCUUUUCCUUGUAAUCAUCUACACUUGAAAGAAAGAUUGAGUUUCAAGUCUUA